AUGUCCAACGUUGAUCCCACGAACCCAGCGUAUAUACCACCCACUCAGACAACAAAUGCAGGAUAUAUCCCACCAACUCAAGCCACAAUUUCCGAUGAGGGCUCAAAGUCAGGUUCAGAUUAUAUUUACGAUGCCAACGGCGUCAAGCAAACAAGGACUGAUAGUAUGAUCAGCGGCCCUAAGGAAGAACUUCAAAAGGAGGUUGAAGAAGAACUGCACCACAAAAAGAAGAGUGACCUAAUAUUUGUCUCCUUAUGCUGUAUUAUGGUUGCCUUUGGUGGUUUUGUUUUUGGCUGGGAUACAGGUACUAUUUCUGGUUUUGUUAACCAAACAGAUUUUCUGAGAAGAUUUGGACAACAAAGAAGUGAUGGUACCUAUUACUUGUCUAAUGUUAGAACAGGUUUAAUUGUCGCUAUCUUUAAUAUCGGAUGUGCUAUUGGUGGUAUUACCCUUUCAAAACUUGGUGAUAUUUGGGGAAGAAGAUUGGGCUUGGUUACGGUCGUGGUUGUAUAUACAAUCGGCAUUGUUAUCCAAAUCGCCUCUAUUGAUAAAUGGUACCAGUACUUCAUCGGUAGAAUUAUCUCCGGUUUAGGUGUCGGUGGUAUCGCUGUCUUGUCACCAAUGUUAAUCUCUGAGGUUUCUCCAAAACAAUUAAGAGGUACAUUAGUUUCUUGCUACCAACUAAUGAUUACAUGUGGUAUCUUUUUGGGCUACUGUACCAAUUACGGUACAAAAAACUACUCCAACUCUGUCCAAUGGAGAGUUCCAUUAGGGUUAUGUUUCGCAUGGGCAUUAUUUAUGAUAUUUGGUGUUAUGUGUGUUCCUGAAUCUCCAAGAUAUCUUGUGGAAGUAGGCAAGUUAGAAGAAGCCAAGCGUUCUCUUGCCAGAGCCAAUAAAACAACUGUAGAUUCUCCAAUCGUCCUUUUGGAACUGGACAAAUAUCAAGCAUCAGUUGAAGCUGAACGUCUGGCCGGCUCUGCAUCAUGGGGAGAAUUAGUCACAGGUAAACCACAAAUGUUAAGACGUACAAUCAUGGGUAUGAUGAUCCAGUCGCUACAACAAUUAACGGGUGCAAACUACUUCUUCUACUAUGGUACUACCAUUUUCAGAGCUGUUGGAUUAGAUGAUUCAUUCCAAACUGCAAUUGUUUUAGGUGUUGUCAACUUUGUUUCAACAUUCUAUGCCUUGUAUACUGUAGACCACUAUGGUCGCCGUAAUUGUUUAAUGUGGGGUUGUGUUGGUAUGGUAUGUUGUUACGUUGUCUAUGCCUCUGUUGGUGUAACGAGACUAUGGCCAAAUGGUGAGGGUAACGGCUCUUCCAAAGGUGCUGGUAACUGUAUGAUUGUUUUUGCAUGUUUCUUUAUUUUCUGUUUUGCCACUACAUGGGCACCAAUUGCCUAUGUUAUUGUCUCUGAGUCAUACCCACUAAGAAUUCGUGGUAAGGCCAUGUCCAUCGCUAUUGCUGCUAACUGGAUCUGGGGUUUCUUGAUUGCUUUUUUCACUCCUUUCAUCACAUCCGCCAUUAAUUUCUAUUACGGAUAUGUCUUCAUGGGCUGUAUGGUAUUUGCAUACUUCUACGUCUUUUUCUUUGUCCCUGAAACAAAAGGAUUAACUCUAGAAGAAGUUAAUCAAAUGUAUGAAGAGGGUGUACUUCCAUGGAAGUCAUCCAGUUGGGUGCCUCCAGACAGAAGAACUGCCGAGUACAAUUUGGAUGACUAUUCCCACGAUGAUAAGCCAUGGUAUAAGAGAGUAUUCUCAAGAAAUUGA